CCAUUAAGUUUCAAUAUUUCUUUUUUAAAUAACUAUUACAAAAUCGACACAGGAAAUUGCAGAGAGUAACAAAAAAAAAGUCGCAUCAUAAACACGUGGAGUACAUAACCUUAAAAUGUUUAUCUCUCGCGAGGAUUAUUAAAGAUAGGAGAAAAGUAAAACAAAUCCUUUUUUUUUUAGAGAAUAAAUUUCUUUGUGUUUACGUGAAAUCCUUUGACGUGUGUUUUUCUACAAUCAAACUUAGAAAAUCGAUAAAUACACGAGGAAAAAGCGCAAGCGUAAAACGCCUGUCGACGCAAACAUAUAGAAAAUACAUGACAAUUUCCUCAGCUGUCAUUUGCAAAACAAGGUGUUUUUGUGAAACAAUUCAAAGUGUCAAUUGUUACUAACUUAUAUAGUCUUCCAUCAAAAAUUUAAUAUUUCAUUUUUUUGUUUUCUUUUAAUAAUUAAAAAAAAAAUAUCUUUAUUCUAACAAAUGGCUUUUGACAAAAGAACGAAAAUUUAUCUUGGAUUUGAGGAUGAAUAUGUUACUGACAAGAAUCGAAGUCUCGUCAAUUUCAUGACUGAUAAAAUCGGUGGAAAACCAGAUUGGCAUAAUGACAAAACAAUAUCGUCCCCACAAUGUCGAUUGUGUGGAUUGCAUCAAAUUUUGGCAUUGCAAAUUUAUGCACCAUUAGAAAAUUCCAAAUAUCAUCGAACACUUUAUAUUUUUGCGUGUACAAAUCCAAAUUGUUGGAAUCACAAUGAGAGUUGGACUUGUUUAAAAGUUCAAUCUCUCGAUGAAUCAACAAAUUCCGAAUCAAUGGAAUGUGGAAGUUUAGCAAUUCCACCGACAACAAGUUGGUUACCCGACGAGGAUGAUUGGGGUGAUACAUGGAAUGAUAAUGGAUCUGAACCAAAUGGAAAUAAUAUGCUACAAAAUGAUCCAAAUAAAUUUACAUUCAAUACUCAACAUUCAAGUUUCGAGGACGAUUUCAAUGUUGAUUUUUCUGAUCUUAGGGUGGACGAUCCUAAUGCAAACAGUCCAGCAAGUGUUGAAUCCCCAGUUGGAGGUGGAGCUGUUGGAAAAGUUGAUUCUCUUCAUGCAACUGCUGAAAUUGAAGGCGAAGAAAGUGAAGUUGUUUGCAUUGAUACACCAACACAACCACAAUGCGACCUAAUUAGUUUAUUACAUGAAGUCACACCAUUGCCCGUUCAUCAUGCCGAUUCUAGAAGUUCAUUAAAUUUUACCGAAAUUUUCAUCUCCAUGAUUGAAGAAUAUUCCCAAACGGAAGUGCCUCAACAUGUUCGCGAUCUAUUUCUCGAGUAUCAACAAAAUGAUCCCGAUUCACUUUUAUCUGAAUCAUCAUCGGCCGAUUUAAAAACAACAACAACAGAAACAACUGGUGUUGAGAAAUAUGAGAAAAGCAUUCCAAAACAUGGCGAUGAAAUGUUUCACGAACUCAUUACACGAAUACAAGAAAAUCCUGGACAAAUAUUGAGAUACUCGAGAAAUAACAGCGCGCCAUUAUUGCUCUAUCCAAUGGGAGGAUGUGUGGGACGAUGUCGACAUUGUGGCGAAGAAAUGACAUUUGAACUACAAAUUUUGCCAACAAUUAUUCAAAAAUUGAGGUUACAACCACGCAAUGAUUUGAAAUUAAAUUUUCAAAUUGAAUUUGGAACCAUUUUGGUGUUUACAUGUGUGAGAAGUUGUUGGUCACCCACUGAUUCCUAUCGUGAAGAACACAUCAUUGUUCAAGCGGAAAGACUGUAAUAACAUUAUAUUAUUAUAAUAUAAAUUAGACAAAAUUUUCAACGUUUUUCAAGUUACACAAAACUAUUAGACAAGAAAAAAAGACAAAAAAAAAAAAAAUUGUUAAUUACAAUAUUGCCGUCAUAAACCAAGUUCCGUCCAGUGUACAACGGAUCUGGGGAGAAAAAAAGAAAACAAUGAAAUUUCUUUGUGCUCAUUAAUUAAUAUUCGUUAGUAUACAAAAAAAAAAAGAAAGGAAAAAGAAAACAUAUUUUUGCGCUUUGAUCUUCUAGAAAAAUUUUGUUGCUCUUACAAUUUUUCUAUAAUUCAUUAAAAUUAAUUUAUUGAUUUAAUGAAAUUUAUUUUUUAUUCUAUUUUUCUGAUAUUCGGAUAAUUAAUUUAUUGUUUAAAUAAUUAACAAAAUAGAUACUGCAUUUUUUUGAAAUUAAAAACAUUUUUUUAUGGUCUAUGAAAAAUACUAAUUAAUCUAUAAGAUGGAAUUUUAAAUUUAAAAAAACUUUUUUUUUUAACAAAAGUGCAAUAAACUUUUAUUAAAAAAUAAAAAAAAGAAAUGGAAAUUUCACACAACUCUAUCUUUGACAUCUUUAUGAACUGAAUUUUUGGAACGUUCCUAAUUGACGGCAGAUAUUUUCUAGAAAAAUAUUUAAAAGAAAUUCAACUUUGAUUGAUUUUUACCGACAGAUGCAAUAAAAAAAAAAAAAUUCCAGUACACAUGGAAUAAACAUGAUUCUUCCGCAAGCAUCUGUGAUAAUUAUUUAUUAUUUUCAAAUAUUAAAUAAAGAAUUUUACGUCUUUUUUUUGCUCAUUAUAAAAAAUAAUUCUUAAAUAGAUAAAAAAAGAAAUUAUUUUUUUAUUUUAUUUUUAAUUGCAAUAGAAAUGCAUUAGAGAAUAUUUUUUGCAUUUUUUUAAAAAGUUGCCUAUAUUAAAAAAUAAAUAUAAAAGCAAAAUUCAUAAAUUUAUUUCUAGAUGACAAAUUUUUGUCAUUGUAAAAUGAUUUUCUACUAGAAAUUCAAGUAUACCUGUAUUAUAUAUUUGAAUUUAAUGAAAUAUCUACGAAAAAAGUUGUUUUUAAAGCUUUGAUUGAGCGAAUUUUCUUAAGGCCGUCAUUCCUAUUGUUUUUACAUAAAAAAAAUUAUGUAUAUAUAUAUAAGUAGAUUUCACGUGUUAAAUUUUAGCGCAAUUUAUUACAUUACAUUUCAUAUUUACAACCUGUGUUGUUAUGUAAUUAAAUAAAUAAUUACUUUCUUGACUUAA